GGGAGCCAAGCAAUGGCGCGAAACCCCAUCUUGCUUUCUCCUCAGUCCCAGGCCUGCUCCCACCUGGCAGAAUGUGACGUGGAAGGCGAGAGCAGCUCAUUCUCCAGACAGCUGGGUAGAGACUCCUCUCCACCCUGGGCCCAGGCGCCCAGCUCCAGCCCCACUGACCCCGGCUGGUUUGGGGAUGAGCACAUCGAGAUGAAGAGAGCCAGAGUGGAGACCAUUGUCCAAGGCAUCUGUCUCUCCCCCAGCCCUCUGGUGCCAGGCAGUGCCCCAGCCGGGGCCAGCACAUGCUACCUAGAGAAGGUCCCGGAGCGGAAGAGGAAGCAGAGCCACCCUGUGCAGCAAGUCCCCCUGCAGCCGGGCCCUGCCCAGAACUGGACCAACAGGAAGGGUGGUACCAGGGUGAGAGAACAACUUCACCAGCUGAAACAACAGCUAAAGUGUCUGCAAGAGCACAUCCUGCAGGCUGCUGUGCCUCAGGAUGCAGCUCAGGGGCCAGAAUACGUGGAGCCAGGGAAAGACCCUCAGAGUGGAAAGCACAGGAAUGGCUGCAGACCUCACCCCCGGACUGCCAACAGUGACCUCGGUGGGGCAGAAAAAUACAGGGUGUCUGAGGUUCAACAUCCGUCUGAGCUCAGGUCCCUUCCUUCUGGGGCACAGGCUUUUCUGGAGGUGCUGAAGAAAGAACUGACUGGGGCAGUGUCCCAGGCUGUGGACUUAGUAUUACAAAAUGUGCUGGUGGAUCCGCCCAGCCACCUGACCCAACAAGGCAGGAGCUUCCAAGCACUAGUGCCAGAGAGUAGAGGCGAACCCCUUCCUCCAGGAGGAGGUGCCUGGAAAGACCCACAUGUUCUGGCUGCCUUUUCUAGGAGGGUCCAAUCACAAGCUGGGAUCUCUUUGGGAAAUUCAUCAUUGGCCAAGGUUCUAGAUUCUCCUAGGUACUCUCUCUCUCCAAGAAGCAUCUCUAAACCCUAUCACGGACCCACAGCAAACUAUCCUUGGACGGUGCAUUCCCAUAUUCAGGAAAAUCAGACUCUUAGCCAGCUACUGGGUCAGGGACCCACUGGCCGCUGGAGCAGUGGUCCUCCCCAGGACUUGGCUCCCCAGAGGCACCCCGCCUCAGAGCCCGCCCUGCACCCUUGGGUUCUGAGCCAGCCUUUCACUGAGGCUGGUCUGGAGAGCCGGCCCCUCCUUCCCUUGGUGAAGAUGGAGCCGGGCAGCCUGCAGGCUGUACCGGAUGUACUUCCUUUUUCUUCUGUCCACAUCCAGGAAGGCCUAAACCCUGGUCACUUGAAGAAGGCCAAACUCAUGUUUUUCUUCGCACGGUACCCCAGCUCCAGCCUCCUGAAGGCUUACUUCCCUGAUGUUCAGUUCAAUCGCUGCACUACCUCCCAGAUGAUCAAAUGGUUCAGCAACUUUCGUGAGUAUUAUUAUAUCCAAAUGGAAAAAUUUGCCCGGCAAGCAAUUUCAGAUGGUGUCACAAAUCCCAAAAUGCUGGUGGUUCUCCGAGAUUCAGAACUUUUUCGAGCUCUCAAUACGCACUAUAACAAGGGAAGUGACUUUGAGGUUCCAGACUGCUUCUUGGAAAUCGCCACACUGACGUUACAGGAGUUCUUCAGGGCUGUCUCCGCAGGAAAAGACUCAGAUCCUUCCUGGAAGAAACCCAUUUAUAAAAUUAUUUCGAAACUGGACCGUGACAUUCCAGAGAUAUUCAAAUCUUCCAGCUAUCCUCAGGAGCUGUUGCAGGGCUAACAUCAAACAAAAUGAG